AUGGUGCCAAAGUACAUUCACAAGAAGCGCUACGUGCCUGUGCCAGAGCCUAGCCCACCAACCUACCACAAGAUCCCAGUGCCUGUGCCUGUCAAGGAGCCCGGCAAGGUGAUCAAGGUCCCCGUGCCUUUGCCUCCGCAGACCAUUGUCAAGAACAAGGUGAUCUACAGGACUCGGCAUGUGAAGAUGCUGCACAUUUAUGACUGCGGUGCCGGCUUCAGCAACUGGCAGCAGGGCUGGUCUCAUGCGAAGAAGUCCUGGUGCUGCUCUCACAAGAACAAGGGCUGCCCAGGCGACCAUUCUGGGCAGCUCACCAAGACCAUAGUGACUCACGUGACCCAGCAUGAGGGUUCAGCCUACUACACACAUCAUCACGGCUACUCCGGCCAUCACUACAGCACUCAUUACGACCAUGGCUACACUGGCUACACAACGCACCACUAUGGCACCCAUUACGGCGAUGGCACCCAUUAUGGUGAUGGGAUUCAUUAUGGCGAUGGCACGCACGUGGUCCACGUGCAUCACUACCAUUACCAUCCAAGUUCCACCAGUACCGUUCACUACAGCGAAGACUCUGCAGACUCUGAAGACUCCGACCUUCCAGCUAGAUCUUCAGCAACACAGCCGCAAAAGCACCGCGACACUGAGGGAAGAAGAUUGCAGGAAGAAUCUGCGAGUGAAGCACCCGUGGAAGGUGGUGAAGGAUCCAUCGAAGGCGGAGAAAUGGUGGGUCCUGAUGGCGUCGAAGGUGGCGGAGAAAUGGUGGGUGUCUCAGAACCUGAUGGCAUCGAAGGUGGCGGAGAAAUGGUGGGCGUCUCAGAACCUGAUGGCAUCGAAGGUGGCGGAGAAAUGGAUGGCGGAGAAAUCGUGGGUCCUGAUGGCAUCGAAGGUGGCGGAGACUUUGAGGGUGGUCAUCACAGCGGUAUUCAUUUCACUUGGCACCAUGGGCACUAUGGACACUACAACCAUGCUGGAACGUGGGUGGACUCGAAAUUUCCCUACGAUGCCUGGUAUGGUCACCAUUAUGGACACUAUGACCACAGUGGAAGCUUCGUUUCCAGCUCCUACCCUCAUGACGCUUGGGUAGGUGGACACUGGGGCCACUAUGACCAUAGUGGUGCUUGGAUUGAAGUGCAUCACCCUUCUGGCUCCAUGGCUUAUCAUGACGCCUGGAUUCAUCAGGAUGGUGCUGAUCACUACGGUCACUAUGACCAGCAUGGUGGUUGGAUUGAAGUUCAUCACCCAGCCGAAGGCUCGUCCUUGUAUCACGAUGCUUGGAUUCAUGGCCAUUAUGGUCACUAUGAUCAUGGCCAUUGGAUCUCUGUGCAUCCUGGACACGCCUAUCAUGAUGCCUGGGUUCACGGACACUAUGGCCACUAUGAUCAUCAUGGCGCUUGGGUGUCGGUGCAUCCCGGCAAGAUCUAUCACGUCCAUGACAAAACCCAUGUGAUUUACGCGCAUCCCAAGCACAUCAUCGAAAAGAAUUUCUACUCCGUGAAGACCAAGACCCAUGUGGUCCAUGAUCCCGUGCAUAUUCCCGGCCCCACGAUUCACAAGACGCUGACCGAGCCGGCAGAGCCAUUGUACAACUGCUUCAGCGGCUAUCACAACUGGAAGAGUCUCUGGACGCCAGAUCAGAAGAAGUACUGCUGCUACAAGUUCAGCCGUGCUUGUCAAUCCAAGACUAUCCAGCAUGUCCGCUACCACACCGUGGUGCAGAACAAGAACGUGCCAGUCAUCAAGGUACCGGUGCACCUGCCUCCACCCCCUCGCAAGGUGGUGAAGGUGCCAUAUCCAGUGCCAGGAACGCCACCAGAGCCAAAGGUCAUCACCAAGGUGAUCAAGUACAACAAGCGAGUGCCCGUCCCAGUAGUUGUGCACAAGACCGAGAAGAUCCCUGUGCCGGUCAAAAGGACCAAAAUCGUGAAGGUGAAGGUACCUGUGCCAAGCCCUCCCAAGAUUGUUUACAAGAAAGUGAAGGUCAUGUCACACCCUUAUGAUUGCAAAGAAGGCCUGCACAGCUGGCAGGACUGGGACGGUGACCCGGACGUUUGGUCGCAUUCCAAGCGCCUCUACUGCUGCUGGAAGACCAAAGUUGGAUGCCCGCACUCCCACACCGUCUAUCACACCAAGACCAUCUACCACACCAAAAUUGUGCCAAGGAAGGUGCAUUUGCCACCAAAGAUCAUCUACAAGGACAUCACCAUCCACCAAAAGCUUGCCAUUGAUUGCAACAGUGGAAAAUCCAACUGGUACUAUGGCUGGUCCACCUACAAGAAAACCUAUUGCUGCGACAAGGCAAAGAUUGGCUGCCCUGGAACCUGGCAUGGCUUCAUGCAUGGCCACGGCGAAUUUCAUAUGGAACAUGUUGGUCAUGCGACUGGACACAUCUACGACUGCAAGGCCGGUUUCUCCAAUUGGCUUCACGGAUGGUCAGAUUCAAAGAAGACCUGGUGCUGCGACAAGGAGCAAAGGGGCUGUGUGAAGUUCCAUUGUGACCACAAAGAUGUUGGUAGUUGGUCCUCUGAUAAGAGGGACUGGUGCUGUGGCAAUUUUCAGAAGGGCUGUGCAGCCACGACUUUGUCACCGAAGGGCUGCGCAACUGACUGCAUUGUCAACGGUGAGUCUCGUACCUGCCAGGAGCGGAUCGACUGGGCCAGCAAGCACAAGUUUGGAGUUCACGAGAACGCUUGUGAGCUCGCUUACAGCUCCAUUCAGGUGGAAUGCGACGUCUGCCGCUCGUGUUCAGUCCAGGCAGCUGGAUGCACCGUGCACGCUGUGGCACAGGAUCCAUACGAUUGCAAUGCCGCUUUGAACAACUUCUUCCGGGCUUGGUCUCCUCCCAAGAAGCAAUGGUGCUGCAGCAACCGUGGUAAGGGCUGUGAGGGCAACAGCCCUCCAAGCGUUGACCCAGGCGCGGGCAUGGUGUGGAAACACGUCCAGGUGAAUGGCUUCUGGACCUGGGUAGUGGCUGGGGCUGCUGGGGGUGGUGGGGCAAUGCCCCCCAGCUUGCCCUAUGCUUGCAAUGUGGGCGUGGUGAAUUGGAAGAUUGGCUGGUCGUCUCCCAAGAAGGCUUGGUGCUGCAAGCACAACAAUGUGGGCUGCCCAGGGCAGGCCGGAGGGGAUGGUGGGGCCUCGAGCCAUGUCACAGUGCACUACUCGCAUGGUGGCACUGCAGCGGGCGGUGCCGCGGGUGGUGCGGCUGGUGCGAGUGGAUCCUGGUCCUCAUCGUGGCAUUCCUCAGGAGGCCACGUGACCGAGGUCCACCACGAAUACCACACUGUUCACCAUGACCGCCGCCUCGGAGGAUUCGACUGUGCUGCGGGUCGGGCAAGCCGGGCCUACUGGCCACAGGAGAAGAAAGACUACUGCUGCAAGCAGGAUUCCGGCCUCUGCGACAAAUGA